ACAUCAGAGGCGGCCAGGAGCCACGAGCCUCGGAGGGUAACAUUGCGCUGGCAGGGAGCACAGCUUUGGGAAGAAGCGCUUGGAGGAAAGGAAGGAGGGGGCAGAAGAAGGAGGAUUUGAAAGGGAGGAUUUAAAGAGAGAGAGGAAGUGAAGGACAGGUGUGUAAGGAAUGGGGGAAAACAUUUGAGGGGCUGAAGGAGAGCCCAGAAGAGCAGCCUCCUCGCCUUUCGGGACCUUCUUUCCGAGAUCCCAGCCAUGAGCGCCUGCCUGGCGCCCGGGGGCUUCGGCACCUUCGACUACCUGGUCUUCGCGGCCAUGCUGCUCAUCUCGGCCGGGAUCGGGGUCUACUACGCGGUGGCGGGCAGGCAGGACACGGCCGCCGACUUCCUGAUGGGCGGCCGGAGCCUGACGGCGCUCCCGGUGGCGCUCUCCCUGACGGCCAGCUUCAUGUCCGCCGUGACGGUGCUGGGCACCCCGUCCGAGGUCUACCUCUUCGGGGCCAUGUUCGGCGUCUUCGCCCUCACCUACGCCCUGGUGGUCAUCCUCAGCGCCGAGAUCUUCCUGCCCGUCUUCUACCGGCUGGGCGUCACCAGCACCUACGAGUACUUAGAACUGCGAUUUAACAGGUAUCUGCGUCUGUGUGGGACUAUGCUCUUCAUUUUCCUGACGACAUUAUACACUGGUAUUGUCAUUUAUGCCCCUGCCUUAGCUUUAAAUCAAGUUACAGGAAUGGACUUGUGGGGAGCUGUGGUUGCAACGGGAGUAGUCUGUACUUUUUAUUGCACACUGGGUGGUCUCAAAGCAGUAGUUUGGACAGAUGUUUUUCAAGUUGGAAUAAUGAUUGCUGGAUUUUCAGCUGUUAUUAUACGAGCAAUAGUUGUUCAAGGUGGCAUUGGACGUAUAUUAAAUGAUUCCUACCAUGGAGGAAGGUUAAAUUUCUGGAACUUCAGUCCUGAUCCUUUGCAAAGGCACACAUUCUGGACAAUUGUUGUUGGUGGGACUUUCACCUGGCUUGGUAUAUAUGGAGUUAGCCAGUCACAGGUUCAGCGAUACAUUGCUUGCAAAACUAGAUUUCAAGCAAAACUAUCUCUUUACAUAAACCUCUUGGGACUGUGGGCAAUUCUUUGCUGUGCAGUGUUGUGUGGACUAGCCAUGUAUUCCAUUUAUAAGGAAUGUGACCCUUGGACUGCAACAUGUGUAUCAGCACCAGACCAGCUCAUGCCAUAUUUGGUUCUGGAUAUCCUGAAAAAGUAUCCAGGCAUGCCGGGGCUUUUUGUAGCUAGUGCUUACAGUGGAACACUAAGUACAGUGUCUUCUAGCAUCAACGCUUUAGCUGCUGUGACUGUAGAAGAUUUAAUAAAACCUUACUUCAAAUCACUCACUGAAAAGCAAUUGUCUUGGAUUUCAAAGGGGAUGAGUUUAUUUUACGGGGGAGUGUGCAUUGCUAUGGCUGCAUUGGCAUCACUUCUAGGAGGUUUGUUGCAGGCAGCUCUCAGUAUUUUUGGUAUGGUUGGUGGGCCUCUCCUGGGAUUAUUUUCUUUGGGUAUCCUUUGUCCUUUUGCCAAUCCAUGGGGUGCAUUUGUCGGUCUCAUUUGUGGAUUCACUUCUUCCCUUUGGGUUGGAAUUGGAGCUCAGAUAUACCCUCCACUUCCCAAUACCACUAUGCCAUUACAUCUCUCAACUGAGGGCUGCAAUAUAACCAAUGCAGGCACAGAAAGCUUCUGGAAUGCAUCUACGGAAAUGCCAGGUUCUUUGCAAAUUCAAGAAUCUGAAAGGCCAGUCCUUGCAGAUUACUGGUAUUCCUUGUCCUAUCUAUACUUCAGCACACUUGGAACACUGGUCACAAUCAUCAUUGGAAUAGUAGCCAGCCUUUUGACAGGAGGACUGCGACAGAAAGUGGAUCGGAAAUUCAUGCUUACCAAAGAAGAUUUUCUGUCUAAUUUUUCAUGUUUGAAACCUAAGCAAGAAGAGAAAAUAAAUGUUUUAAGUUGGAAGCCAUUUACUGGGACAGAUGAAGGAACUGACAAUCCAGCCUUCAAUCAUAUUGAAAUGAAUGUAACAGACAGUAAUGAGAAAAUCAAUGGUGUUCAUACAUGAAAAUAAUCUUGAACUCUGUGCUUAUGUUGGCAGCUAUUUAGGGUUUAUGCCGCUGAAGUCAGGGUACAUUUUAUGGAAAAUUCUAUGAAUUGUCCACUUUACUCAGGACUCUGAAGAAAUAUUUACUAAGUUAUCAUAAUUGCAAAGUAGAUUGCAGAAAUAAAUAAUAUAUUGGAUAAUAUAUAACUGAAGAAAAAUGCAAGUAAUUAUAAUUGUAACUUUAUUAAUUUAAAAACAAACAAGUAUGGGAAGCAAGUUCCCGACAUUAAAACAUAUAUACCCAAUAAGUACAUCCCAGCAAUUCACUGACUAAACGUGUUUUGAACCACACAGUAUAUUUGUUUUUUAAAAAUACUAUUGAUUCCUCACUAACUUACAUGAUUUUCCAGCAAGAUAUUGUUUUGCAUAGAUACAAGAGACAUCAGAGUGAAGCUUCUUUUAAGCAAUAGCUUAAAAUGGGCUGCCGUGAGUUUUUCAGGCUGUAUGGCCAUGUUCCAUCAGCAUUAUCUCCUGAUGUUUUGCCUGCAUCUGUAGCUGGCAUCUUCAGAGGUUCUGAAAAUGCCAGUGGAUCUUUUUUUGGCAUUAUUCACAAGACAGGUCAACAUGUAUUGGAAAUAGCUUUAGGACCAUAAAUGUAGAUCAGGGUUUGUUAAUUUGUGGUCCAUGUGACCCCAAGGAAUUAAUGAAGGGAUUCAGGCGAAGACCUUGGUGCUCAAUUACUUAAAUAUGUAUUUAGAGAUUCUCCACACCUUGGCUGAGGCUGCAAUCAAGAAAUGAGAACUUGGAAUGGCAAACAUGAAGGAAUUAGACGAGGUUUUCAAGUGUCAAGAUAUAUUAUUGACUACUAAAGUUAGGAUUGUCCAUGCCCUUGUAUUUCCAAUUUCUAUAUAUUUCUAGUGUCUAGUCCUUUCCUGAACUAAGUUUGGACAUCCAACAUUUCUUGUUCUCUAUCUGAAAAAGUCUUUAAUGUAGAAUUUUGAUCAUAACUUUGCAAGCAUAGGAACGUGAUGCAAAGAUCCUGUGACUGCUGCCAUCCCUGGUUUCCCCUUCCCUGGGAAUUGGAAUGUAUAUUGAGCAUUUUUAAUCUUUGGGUCAUUGUUAUGUUUCCUAUAUUUAGUGAUUUAUUUCUCCCAAGUACCCUGAGUCCAACUUGGAAAAUUGUAGGUUAAUCUUAAUAUGACUUUUCCUUGAACAAA